AUGACGGCCGGCCAGACAGCAGGGGAGCCUGAAGCUGCAGAAACACCACCUGCCCCGUCCUCUCUCCCUCAUCGGCAAUCUUGUGAUAGAUGUCACAAGCAAAAGCUGCGGUGUAUCCGGGAGCCCAACACAGGCGUAUGCGACCGAUGCCUGCGAAAACGGGCUCAAUGCGUUUACAGCUUCAGCUUGCCCAAAGGUCGCCCCACCAUGUACCGCUCUGGUGGGGCCGGCGGUACGGUGCGCCCAGGGACAGCAAGUGCACCUUUGAAUAGUCGCGCAACUAGCCCGCCGGUAGAGCCAGUCAAGCCUGUUUGUAAGUACCUAGCAUGGUAUCUGAAUUCAGAUCGACAAUUAACACUCGAAAUUGAAGCUUCAGGUACCACGAACAUUGACAUCGAUGAGAACAAUGCAACGAAAGAUACGACCCAGGUCGCCAACCCGACCACGAACGACAACCCCGUCUUGACCACUGUCAUGGAUAGCGGCCCACGAUUAGAACAAUUGAGCUGGGAUGAUAUGCAGUUGGACGGAGAGUGGAACAGUCAAGACCCUACUCAGGUGGACAAAUUAUUGACAUCUCUUGGCGCCUUUUGCAACGAGGGGAGCGCACCGGAUGCGCACACCAAAUCUUCACCAGAUCAACUUCACUUUCACCUGAAUACCUCUAACCUCCAUGCAUACGACCACGGCCUACCUACUGGUGGCUUUUUCCAGAGUCAUGAAAUCGGCAGAGCCGAAAUAGACAGAGGCAUGGGCGACGUAACAAUGAACACGGGCCUGGAAAAGCCGAUUCACAUUCCGAGUAUUGCUGUGACACAGUUGUCUCAGCUGAGCAUGGACCUUGCCUUGUUGCGCUACACGAGCUACAGUAUGGCCAAAGCAGCAGAAUCGCCCUCGUGUCACAUGCCGAAUGAUAGAAGAAUCCCAUUGAUCGAUGGUUCUGCCUUCGAGUUUGUGAGCACAUGGCUGGCCCAUGGCCAGGGGUUUGCGGGAAUGAAUCCAUUGGCACCUGGCUCAUGUGAAAAUCAGGUGCCUUAUCCAACUCCCAUCUCUGAAACAGGAACUUGCGCCGGUCGCACGUUGAGAGAGGUGUUCUGUUCUUCACAACGGUUGUUAGAAAUCCUGGGUCAAUUGCAAUUCAGUCUCAUGGUUGAACUCAACCCUUAUCCCUCGCCCAUAAUCACCCCACCAGAGAGACCAUCCACUGCAGUCUCUGGUGGGGACAGCGGGUCCAUUGGGUUGCCGAACGGUUCGGGUAUCGCGGGCCGGUCCGUUCCAUGCCCAAAUCCAGCAAAUGGAACCGUGCAAGUCAUUCACUAUCUGGUCAUGGCUUGUGAGGCGCUGCUAUUGGAGAUCUAUGUGGCAGUUCUUGUCGCCCUGCAGCAUGAGGCAUACUCCUCGACCAAUGGAACUGUACUGGGAGAUGUGCGGCUGGUAUUGGUAGUAGAGCUCUGUUCUUACCUUAUCGAGCGCCAACUCCAAGCUGUGGACUCAUACUUGGCGUCCCAGAGUCGUCUGAAUCCCCACAAUGUGAGUGGGUCGGUUCCUGGGAAGUUUGAUAUUCCUGGGGGGCCUGAUAACCUUGAUAAAGAUAGAGACAUGUUGAACGAUCUCAGAAACCAAGUGCAAGAGAGACUCAGGAAUCUUCGACAAACUCUGCGCUGUAGGUGA